AUGGUGUUCGGCUCGAAAAAGACAAAGAAGGAGUCGAAGAUUCCGCCUCCAAAAUUCUGUCCCCAGUCGGAUCGCCGUACUGGUAAGUGUUCGGCGCCCAAGUUGUACGUUUCCUUUUCUGCACACGGAUGCUCACCUAUCCUGCACUCUUUCUUGUAAAACACUGAAAUAUAGGUACCUGCUUUAUUUGAUUGGUCAAUACUUACUUGAAAUACCUACUUGGAGUCCGUUGGUUCAAGCGAUGUGAAAUUUUCACACGCUGCGGAUAAAGUUGAUCGAUUUUGGACGAUCUCGGGCGUAGGAGGACCACGUGACUUUCGGAACCAGGUUUCCGCCUCUUUACCUCCCUGGGAUCACCUUCCUGGCCCAACUCGUCGAUGUGUACCUUCAGAGCAUCGCGCACGUCGUCCGACUAACGUUUCUUCAUCCGUCCUCGGCUCUUCUCUCCAUUUCUCGUUUGCCAUUCGGCGGCGACUUUGGAUCAUCGUUCAUUGUCUCUCCGUGCCAUGUUUCCCGCCCAUCUGAGUUUCUUCUGGAGGAGAAAUCUGCUGCAGUCGAGUUUCCAGUCAGUUAUUCCGGCGGCUUCGGAGAUAGCGUCUACCUUCCUCUGAGUUUUCUGCACGUGAUGGCUAGUCGUUUUCCAUGACUCGGAGGCGUAGAACAUGGCUGUGUGAAUGCUCUGCUUCAGGAGAAGAAUUUUGUUUUUUUAACCACGGGUGAUAUCCAACAAAACAUUUUGCUGAUUUUUAUAGGGACCGGCUCAAACGGUUUGCUGGUCUGGCGGCCCGAUGCGAUCUAUCGCUCGAUUUCGAACGCGUCAGUCGGCCCUUGGGUUUUGACCAAAACUUCUUUGACCAAAUAUUAGAAGAAAAAACAGUUAUCUGCUUCCUAGUCUUACGGUGAAAGGUGGUUCUCGGUUCUGAAAACAUCGUAUUUCUGCGAAUGGUGGUAGGGGAAUUGUAUUGGGCUCUCUCACAGAAAUUCAAAGUGAAAGUACGAAAAAUAAGAUCUGAACUACAUUUCUCCUACAUUAUUUUAUGGUUAUGAAGUCAGAACUCUCAUUGUGCUCGGCAUACGGUAACUUGCUUUUGUUUUUUCACAUUUCUGACGAAAAUGUUCAGAUUUUUACAUCUCCAUCUUACAAACACUUUCAAUUUUGUUCAAAUUUUUGGAUGCUGAGCAAGUAAGCAGAAAUUUUGUGAAAAUUUGGACGCCCUAUGAGCUCGGUAACUGAUAGCGCAUAUGUGUAGGUGCAGAGGCAAUAAAAUCGCAAUAAACUUUCCGAUUCACGCAUUUUCGCCUUGUUUUCCCUCGUCGUCUUGUCAUCGUUUCGUAACACUCGAGCCAUUUGCCAUCUCAAAUCAAACAAAAGAAAAUGAGCACGAGGGAGGCCCAAAUAAACGUGGUCGUUGUCUCAGGAUGUGCAAUUGAACAUCGCCCCCGCAACGUCAUCUGAUUUAUUGCUUUUUCGAUUCUAAUUUUGCUCUUUUUUGGAGCACAAAAGAUGACCGCCAAAUUGUGGUGGAUUUCUCGCAGUCUUGGCAAAACGAGUAGUGAGUUCCAAAAAAUGAUAACAAAUUUUUUCUUCUGUUUUCUACUGAACGAUCUUCAACACAAGAGGCGUCUGUCUGUCUGUCUUUUUGUAUGUCCGCUGAGAGCAGCAGAAAGAGAGAACGAGCAAGCCUGAAACUCGGUGUUAGCCGGGGAGCAGGCUUGUUACUAAUAUAUGAUCAGAUCUUUAAAAAAUUGUUUAUUUUAAACCGGAAAAGUCGGGCCUUCAGACACAUUCUGAAUUGAUUAAUCCUUGAUUCAUUCGUAAUUGAUCUUUCCGAUCUUCGGGAUUACGUACUCGAAAUCUUACAAGUCUAAAAAUCCAGGAUAAUCUGACUUGGUUCAAACCUCACCUUCUCAUUUUAUCCACUUUUCUGUCAUUGACUCUUCGACAACACGCCUAGCUCUAACUAUUCGCACUUUCAAAUUUUCAGGCUUUGUUAGUAAAGGUUUGCCAGCAGAGUUGUUGCACAGAAAAACACAAAAAAGGCCAUAUUUAGUCAUUCUACUAGUUUAUUUGACACGAAACGUAUCCAUUUUUAAUGUGAAUACAUACAUACGCCAACCAGUGUCGUGUUUUCUAGAAUAGACUUGCGCUUGUCAAAACACAAUCACCAUUAUACUAUUUAUAUUUUACCAUGCGCUGCCAGAAAGCUACUCAAUUUUGAGACAAAAAUGUUCACUGAUAUUGGUUGGGGUAUGUUUGGAACUGAUGUUUGGUUUUUUUUUGGGCGAUGUACAGACAACAUUUUGCUUUGUUCUAAAAUUUCGCAUAAAAUGUGCAUGUUUCAGGACUGGACAGUCUGACUAACACACAAUCGGAGCCGCCUCAAAUGGAGGACCCCGAUGUAAGUUUGAGUUUUGAGCUCGCCGAUUCGCAGUCACUCGUGCAUAGCUUCCGGUAUAAACAACUUGCGGAUUAGCGACGGCUUGAAAUAUCUACAUGUUCAGCCUAUUUUUGUUGCAGAUUACGUAAUUUUUCUCUAAAUUUUUCCUAAUUUUUUAACGGAGAAAACGUAUGUAAAUUUGCUGUUGGCGGAGACAAGAAAGGUUUUAGUUUUUAGUUCUCACGAGAACGUUUCCGUUUGAAAGUGUAAUUGAGUUCGGGACAGCACUUGGCUUGUCACGCGGCCACUUACUCCGCUUCCAUUUCCAUUUCCAUUUUCCCAUUUUGAAAGCCUCAGACAUGAAAAGUGCACUACUUUCGAGCAUUUUUUUGUUUUUAGACACCCACCAGUGAAAAAGAACUUGUCCUAUUCCUCUUUUUAUCAAGUUUUUGUGCUUGAGAAGUUCAUCAACAGAAUUUUAGUAAGCAAUGCUCUCAAGUCUAAUUCAAAUUAGCAGAAAUGUCGUAAAUCUAAACAAAAAUGAAAAAAACCUCCGUAAAUCAAUCGCAUGUUCAUAAUUCAUUCCGACAAAAGACAUACCCCUUUUCCUUCUCCCGCUUCAUUGCAAAAUGUUGCCAAGAUAAAAUUUCCACCCGCAGUUCAGUUCAUAAACAAUUAUUCUGACUGGGCCAGACCAAAACUCGUUUCAAAUUACACCCACGCAUACACAAACUUGCUCUUUCCUUUCUUCUUUUUCUGUUCUGACCCCACACACUUGUCUUGUCUUCUUGAGUUCAUAUGAAUAAGAAAUUACAAGAAAAAUGGGAGGGCGAUCGGUUUUCCAAGUCCCAAGCUCACAUCAUUCCUUCUCUUUGUUAGUUGGCCAGACUUUUGUCUUCAAGAAGUUGUUCCGGAUUAUUUUUAAUUGUCACUUUUUGAAGGUCACUGCCGCCCGUCAGGAGCAAGAAAAACGUCGCAAAGACAAACAUCGCAAAAUGGAGGCUGAUCGUGAGCGUCUCAGACAGCAUAUUCGUGAAAAGGUAUGCCGUUGUGGUGGGGACCACCAGAAAAUACUGUUUUUGUUUCAGUACAAUCUCAAGAAGAAGCAAGAUGGUCCUCAAGAGGAGAUCGCUGGCCGUAUUACUGGAAAUCGCAAGACUCCGGAGCAAGUCGCUCUGGAGACUUUGAACGCGGAGGAGGAUGAAGGUGAGGGAUUACUGUAGAACCGGUGAAAUUGAUUUCUCUUCACACCCUCAAAAGUUUUAAGUUUAAACUGGCUGGUGUCUUGUGGUCUAUAGCGGAGCGAGACGGAAAACACCGAGUUUUUGCGAAAACAUAGUUCGAACUUUCUGACCAAAUUUCCAUCUAUUUCCAGAUCAGAUAAUCCAAUAGAGAGUGAUAAUUGUGAGAAGCUAUAAAGUAAUUAUGCGUGCUUUAGGUCUCAUGUCAGCUCUGACGGAUACAUUCGAGAAGGCCAAAAGCAGCGUAGCCUCCGCAUGCACCACCGUCAAAAAUGUGAUGAAUCUUUGGAGAACCUAA